AUGGCCAAGGAGACAAACCACGAGGACGAGCAAGUGGAUUACGUCUACGACGUUAGGAAGGAGUACCUCGAGGCGGACCUAAGACAGGUCUACACCACGAAGAAUAGUCAAGACGACUACUCCACAAGCAACUGGGGCACGACUACAACCGAUACGACGAAGGACAUUGGAGACGUUGUUUUCAACAACUCUGCCCCAACCGAUACUACGCAUACCAAGGAACAGUACGAGUACCACAAGGACUCGUCCUCUGCAAACCAGCACAAGAAGAAUUCAUCCGAGAAAGGGACAGGCUUAAAGAAGAAGCCAGGCUUAGAGAAGAACAAGCCCAACAAGUAA